AUGCUUAAUAAAGACGUCGAACACACACGUGUUCGAAGGCUGGAAGGCGACGAUCCAAGUCAUCAGAAAGGAGGUCUUCUCGCAAAGCGCGGAAUCGCCGGAAACACCGCAGAUCCCGCCGCUCUCGUUCAAGAUCGCGACAUUGCUCCGGAAGCCGUCGGCAACACCGCAGACGACGUAGGCGUCGGUAUUCCACUGAAUCCUCUGCCUUCUCAUCAUCCUACCGCAGUUCUAGUGAGAGUCGAUCUCCGUCUCAUCGUUCGCAGCAUCGGAGACAUGCGAGCGAUUCAUCCCAACGAACAGACCCCCCGAAUUCCCGAUCCGACCAUGACUCGAGCGAUGCUCACUUGA